AUGGAUUCUGAGAAAAACAUCACGAACGCUGCCGAUCAGCAAGAUCCUGUGGAAGAUCAGCAGCAAGAAUCAAACACCGCCAAUCCCCAAGAGGAUGCUCAGGAUUCAUCUGAUGACGACUUCGAGGACGUACCUGAGGCUGACUCUGAGGAAGUUGAUCUUACGGGAUUCCCGCAUUUUCCGGUCGAUACAUAUUCUGCGCCGAGUUCGGCAUUUUCCGAUUAUUCGUCGGACGAGGCUGAGGAUGCGGGAGAGGGUCAAUCAGCAGAUGCCGCUUCGAAUGGCUCGUCCGAGCACGAGGAUGCUGUCGAAGGACAAGUUCCGCUGCCUGCCGGCGCAGACGACUUCGAGGGCUCUCAUCAUCACAACUACGAGAACGAAGUCCCUGCUCACCCUGCAACUUCGACUGAGAGCGAAUGGGAAGACGUUGACGACGACCACCAACCAAAACCAUCCCCAGGUGACAAAGAGUUCAGCCCCAGAACGAAGAGGCGUUUACAAAUCGAGACAUUCAGAGGCUACCACUGGAACCACCGUCCCAAAAACCUUCCAGCAUUGAAAAUUUUCAUGCAGAAUGGCCCUGCCAGAAAAGUAUUCGAUCCCGAAGAGGAUCCGUUCUAUGAUCCGCACUGGAAGGGCCAAUGGCGAGAUGCGGACAUGAUUGCGGCAGAGAGGGAAUUCAACGUCAUGUAUCCUGGGAAGGACAAGCAUGCUCCUCGAACUCCGAGCACGCUUAAUCCUCGCAGGGCCGUUAUCGAUGACCUUGUGGAAGAAAUGUCUAAAACAUAUGUUCCUGACAGUGAUACGUCUGAGGAGGAAGAAGAAGAAGAAGAAGAAGAAGAAGAAGAAGAAGAAGAAGAUGACGAUGAGGAUCGAGAAGACGGCGAUUACGACGACGAAGGAGAAAGCAGCGAUGACGAAAGCCUUGAAUAUCACGAGGGCGACGAAGGCGAAGACGAGGAGCCCGACCGAGACGCGCCUGUCUCGCCUUUGUCAGAUGAAGGCGAAGCGCCACUGCCAGAGAGCUUCUUUGUGGAGCCCGCGCUAAGCAACAAUGACCACUGGGAUGAAGACGAACUUGACGAAGAGUUCCGCCAAUCAUUAAUUGCAGAAGCGCGAAGAAAUUCAGAGGCCAGCGAACGUGCUGAAUCUGGGAGAUCUUCUUCGGUUCCUGAGACUCAGGUCGAUCCUCUUCCUGCUAACCUCCGGGUGGGAAGUAGCAAUGACAUGGAUGCCUCGCAGACGUCUUCCCCUACACAAGUGCACACACCAUUGAAUGCAACGGCACCAGCACUUGAACCAACGUCUUCGUAUCACUCUGCAACGCCUUCCACACCUGGGCCAGAGACCACUCAGCCGACUGAAGCGCAGCCGUCGGAGGAGCAGGCCUCCACAUUUGUCAUCGCCACUGUCCAGACGGAUGGUCUUCCUUCCAGAACCGACUCAUCGACACAAACGGAUCCUCAACCAGAAAAGAAGCCCAACAACGACCCAGACUACCUCGCCGUCGCAAACCGAUGGAUGAAAGACGCCAAGGUAUGGGAGCAGAUUGCUGGUAUGAACGGGAAGGACCGAACUCGUUAUCGAAAAGAACGGGACGAAGAAAAGAAACGCACCGCAGAAGCAAACGAAGCAUUAAAGGCAAAGGACGAGGAACACAAAAAGUCGUUAAAGCAAAAAGACGAUGAAUACAAGAAGUCAAAGGAAGACACAGAUGAUGAGAUCAAGUACUGGCGGGAAGAGUAUCAGCUGAUGAGCCAAAGCCUGGUGAAAGAAUUGGAUCGCAUUGAUAAUAUGGAGGAGGAACUGAGUAAGAAGUGCGAGGAGUGUGUGAAGAAGGAUAUGGGAGGCAAGCUUGGAGAUAUCGAGGAUCUUCUGAAGCUUGAGGACGCCGAGUGUUGCAAAGGGCGGUGGAUCGUUCUUGAGAAGUCGCUGGGCAGGGAGAAGAAAAGGGCAGAUGAGCUUCAAGAUGAGAAGACGAAGUUGGAGGAGAAGAUCGCGGAGUUGGAAGAACAAAGUGACGAGAGCGACGAUGGCGACGAUGGCGAUGAGAAUGCUGCAGCCGCUGAGCGGGAGCGUAAGAGGCAGGAGGCCGAGUAUGCUUGCACCUGUGCUGAACCGUUUUCAUGGGAAAAUGCUAACUUCUUGAGCAGGGCCAACAGAAAACCUCUUCGAUGGGAGCUGGAUCUCGCCAACAACGAGCAUCGACAACCCCUUGUAGUACAACUGGCCGACUGGAUCAACAAAGCACAUGCACAUGAGAGCACGGGAUGGGACUCUCACGCUACGAUAGAUCCCGAGGUCGUGGAUCAACUCCUCGAAGACGAAGAUCUGACCUUCGCGGGCUUCACGACCGUACUGGCAGAACAGGGAUUCCUCUUCCGACCGAACCGUCUUGCGCAAUUCAUUGAACAGUUCUACCGCGAUCGGGGUCUCGCUGCCCCACCGGCUAUCCUCUAUGCCUCGAGGAACGUGGCUCAGGAUCCUCAUGAGGCGGCGAUGGGCUUCCUCGAAAAAGUGGAUCGUUAUAACCGUGGUCGUGAGAAUGACGAUGGUCGAAUCUUCAAAUUGGAGGAACAUGUUAACGUACUCCUUAAUGAGGCAAAUUCCACAGCGGAAAGGCAUGAGCAGACUGAGACACAACUCACUCAGCAUAUCGAGGAGUUGAAGCAGCAGGUUGACGAGUGUCGCGAGCACCGAGAGACUGUCGAGGCUUCGAAUGGAAAGACUGUUUCAGAGAAGCAAGAUGAGAUCGAAAAGCUGCGUGAAGAGAAUGAGAGUCUUACUAAAGAGCUAGCAGAGGCCGUCGAUUCGCUCAAGACCUUGGAGGCCAACGUCCGCAAUAACGAAAGCGAUCUAGCGGACCAGCUGGCCCGUUGUCGAGAGCAUGGCAAGCAAAAGGACGAGGAGAACGAGAAUCUGAAAAAGCAGAUAGAGGAUCUCACGCUCAAGUACUCGACACUCAAGCAGACCCACGACAAGGACGAGAAGUCCAAGAGGGACUACGACGCGGAGUGGGAAGUACGUCUCACAGAGCAGGAGCGGGCACUAGAGGACAAGGACAACAGAAUUCGGGAGUUGGAGGUCGAGCUCGAUACAGCCAAUGAACAACUCACCGCCAUCGAGGAAGAGACACGCGAGCGCGAGACCCCAUUCGACGACGACGGCACCGAAGGACCCGGCUUCGACUCCCCCACGCCAAAACGCCUCGAUUCCACCACCGUGCCCGAAAUCCAAGAGCCACCAGCGCCAGCGCCCUCCCGCCCAACCACACCACCACCACCAGCACUCCCCGCCCCACCCUCUCCCUUCCAAUCCCCACCCAAAACCCCCCCCCCCAAACCCGCCGCCCUAAACCCCACAACCCCCAUCCGCGGCCCCCUCAAAGCGCCCCUCGAAACGCCCAAAACCCCCUCCACCCCAGGCGGCUUCAACCAACUCCUCGGGUACCGCCCCGAAGGCUGGAAGGAACGCGACGCCCGCUGGCGACAGAGCCCCGUCGCCCAGCAGGUGUAUGCCCGGCUGCGCGACCGUGCGAUCCAGCAGAAUGCCGAGGAGGAUGCGGUUGCGGAGCUGAGGAGGCAGGCUUAUGAGGCGGUGACGGGGAAGAAGGAGUUUGCGGUUGUGGCGAGGGAGGAGAGGGAGUUCAGGCGGUGUUUGUUUCUUGGAAUGCUCAAGCUCAAGGGAUGGUGGAGCAACAAUGAUGUUCCCCUGACUCGGUGUGUUCUCGACCUCCGGUCCUCCGUCGUCCCCAUUCGUCGUCUUCUUCUUCUUCUUCUUCUUCUUCUGGCGGUACAGGAUGUAGAUAAUAGCCAGAACAAGCAACGCCAUUCCAGCCACGCCACCAAUAGUUCCUCCUGCGAUAGCCCCGACGUUAUUAGAGCGAUGAUUGUCUUCGUUGUUGCUCGCAACGGGCACCGUCUCCAUCGCACCGAUCGUAAGGGCAGUCGAGAUGCCCAAAUGGGCGACUUGAUCCGUUCGCAGCACGAUUUUCGAGCCUCCUACGACCGUGAAGUUCUGGAGACAGUUUCCGAAUUCCGUCUGACCCGGAAGGGGCAUGCCACACGUGAAAAUGUUGUCCACGUUGCACGGGGGGACGUGGCCCGUUGCCUCGGUGGUACCGCCGGGGAAAUAGCAUGUCGCUAUAGCAAGGGAGGGGUGAAUGGCCAACACAAGGGUCAGGAGGUUGAGAAGCAUUGUAGGUUAACCGUGACUGCAACAAAUCAGUUACGAUGGCAGCAGGAAGGGAAAUGGGGACGUGAAGAACCCAUGAGCUAA